AUGGGUGAUUUCAACGCUGACCAACUCUCCUCAUCCGAAGAUGCCAAGUUCAUCAAGGCCUAUAUUGAGGAAAACUCCUUAUUGUCGGAUCGCCUGCUAUCACACUGCAAGACUGAUACUCCUUUCAUCAACGGACAUGACCUAAUCACUGCCUCUCUCGACGCACAGAUCCCACGCUACGUACCUAAAGCAUACUCUUACAGAAACUACAAGGGAAUCUGUGCCGAGAAGCUAAGGGACUUCCUUGGCACAUGUGACUGGUCAUCUCUCGCUACGUCAUCACUCGACGAAUGCAUCACCCUUCUUAACGCUAACUUAACGAACGCCAUAAAUCAUCUCGCCCCAUUACAGGCCGGCAAGGCCGUGAAGAACAUCACCAAGGGCGACAAGAAGAAGCAGAAGAAGAGGGGGAAGGAGAGCUACGCUAUCUACAUCUACAAAGUGUUGAAGCAGGUCCACCCUGACACCGGUGUGUCAAGCAAGGCGAUGAGCAUCAUGAACAGCUUCGUCAACGACAUUUUCGAGCGCAUCGCCGCCGAAGCCUCUCGCCUGGCCCACUACAACAAGAGGUCGACCAUCACCUCCCGGGAGAUCCAGACCGCUGUCAGGCUCCUGCUUCCCGGCGAGCUCGCCAAGCACGCCGUUAGCGAGGGUACCAAAGCCGUCACCAAGUACACCAGCUCUAAGUAAA